AUGAAGAACGUCGUUCGUCGCAAGCUCACCGGCUACGUCGGUUUUGCAAACCUGCCCAACCAAUGGCACCGGAAGAGUGUUCGCAAGGGAUUCAACUUCAACGUGAUGGUUGUUGGUGAAUCGGGCUUGGGAAAGUCUACCCUCGUGAACACCCUUUUCAACACCUCCCUCUACCCCCCUAAGGAACGCACCGGCCCCAGCCACGACAUCAUUCCCAAGACCGUGUCCAUCCAGUCCAUCAGCGCCGAUAUCGAAGAGAACGGUGUGCGUCUUCGCCUGACGGUGGUCGAUACCCCUGGAUUCGGUGACUUUGUGAACAACGACGACUCGUGGCGUCCGAUUGUCGAGAACAUCGAGCAGAGAUACGAUGCCUACCUGGAGGCCGAGAACAAGGUCAACCGCACCAACAUUAUCGAUAACCGUAUCCACGCCUGUGUGUACUUCAUUCAGCCCACUGGCCACUCGCUCAAGCCCCUCGACAUUGAGGUGAUGCGCCGCCUGCACACCAAGGUCAACCUGAUCCCCGUCAUCGCCAAGGCCGAUACCUUGACCGAUGAGGAGAUUUCCCUCUUCAAGCAGAGAAUUCUCGCCGAUAUCCAGCACCACAACAUCCAGAUCUUCGAGGGUCCCCGCUACGAGCUCGAUGACGAGGAGACGAUUGCCGAGAACCAGGAGAUUAUGUCCAAGGUUCCCUUCGCCGUGGUGGGCGCCAACAACGAGAUCACCACCCCGGAUGGCCGCAAGGUGCGCGGUCGUAGCUACCCCUGGGGUGUGAUCGAAGUCGACAACGAGGAACACUGCGACUUCGUCAAGCUCCGCCAGAUGCUGAUCCGCACCCACAUGGAGGAGCUCAAGGAGCACACCAACAACAUGCUGUACGAGAACUACCGCUCCGACAAGCUUACCCAGAUGGGCGUGGCCCAGGACCCCAGCGUGUUCAAGGAGGUCAACCCGGCGGUCAAGCAGGAGGAGGAGCGCGCCCUCCACGAGCAGAAGCUCGCCAAGAUGGAGGCGGAGAUGAAGAUGGUCUUCCAGCAGAAGGUGGCAGAGAAGGAGAGCAAGCUGAAACAGAGCGAAGACGAGCUGUACGCUCGACAUCGCGAGAUGAAGGAUCAGCUCGAACGUCAACGCCAGGAGCUGGAGGAAAAGAAAGCCCGCCUCGAAAGUGGCCGGCCGAUCGAAGAAAAGGGAAAGAGAAAGGGAUUCUCUCUCCGUUAA